AUGCAAAUCUUCGUUCGCGGUGCCGCUGAGCUCAUCCCGCUCGAUCUUGAAAAAGAGGAUUCAGUCCAAGACAUUCGUGAAUACAUCGCUGAAGAAUAUGAUGUUGACAUGGAUGAACUCGUUUUAAGUUACAAUGGAACACCCAUGAACGAUGAACAAACUGUCGAACAACUCGGAUUCGUCUCUGGUGCAACGCUCGAUGCUACCGUGAAGCUUUUUGGUGGUAAAGUUCACGGUUCCUUAGCUCGUGCUGAAGAUAUGGAUGUCACUUUCAUCAAUCGCAGUCGGCAUGUUGGACAAAGUUAUAUCAGUUCAGUUUUCACGACGCUAUGGGCGUUUUUCACCGUUAUUCCAUUUGUUUAUCGAAUUCGACCGAAACUUAUUCUUAUAAACGGUCCGGGUACUUGUAUUCCAAUAGUUAUCGCUAGUCUGUUGUUGUCAAUCUUAUUUCUUAUUCGUCGUCCGAAGAUUGUUUUUGUUGAAAGUAUAUGUCGAGUGCAAUCGUUGUCGUUAACUGGUAAAAUUCUUCAAUAUUUACCUGUAAAUAUUCUUGUUCAAUGGCCGCAAUUGACAGAACGUUAUCCGAAAACGCAAUACAUUGGACGACUUGUUUGA